AUGGAUCGUCCAUGCGGGACCAACGCACGCCUGCUUGUCGAUGAUGUAGCGGUGGCUUCAAGCAACUCCACAUGGAAUAAGACAUGCCUUGCUUUUGUCAAUAUUCGACGGGACUACCUGUCCGCAAAGGAAGCAUGCCCGUUAUUGAUCGUGUGGCUGGUGCUUGUCCAGGUCUCACAGUUUGAUGUAUAUACACACGUGGCGCCGAAAUAUGUUACGCACACUGCGGACGUCGGUCUGCUUGCCAUCGCCACUGCGUUCAAGUCGCUGUGCGAGAAGAUGCGCCGCAUAAUAUGGCAAGAAUUCGAGGUAUAA